CCAUUUUACUGCGUCCACAGUCAUCUAGCAAGAUGGUCCCUUGCUUUGUCUCUCCUGAGCGGAGUUGUUUCAGGUUUUAUCCCUAAAUUUUCCUUUCACGCCAUCGAAAAUUUGCACUUUGCGUCGAACGGAGUUUUCUAUAGCUAAAACAAAGGUCCUCUUUGUCUGUCAGGAAAUGACGACGGCGGGAAGCAGGUAAAAUGAGUCUGGCCGCUUCUGAAACACAUCUAGACCAAAUGUCAGAAAGAGAAGAGGAGCCUGGGAGCUCAACAGACAGUAUGAAGCCUUUGUCUUCUCGCAAAAAGAGGAAGCCCACCUCUACACCUAAGCACACUGGACAGAAGGAAUCUGAUUCUUCAGCUGAAAGUGAAAAUGAUGGUGCUGCUUCUGACAAUCCCUCUGAUGGUAAUACAGGCAAUGGAGCUAAAGGCACAUUAGUGAUGAGUGCAAGUGGCAAUGAAAAUAAGGGCGCCAUGAAACUCAGAGUGGAUUUCAAACAGAAAAAAUCAGAUGACGCCCUGCAGAAGAAGGUCAGUUGCACUGCCUGUGGAAAACAAGUAAACCAGUUUCAGCGCAACUCUGUGUACGAGCAUCCAGUGCUCAAAGUACUUAUUUGCAAGCCAUGCUACAAAUUUUACACAAGUGAUGACAUCAGCAGGGAUUCGGAUGGGAUGGAUGAGCAAUGCAGGUGGUGCGCUGAAGGUGGGAAGCUCAUCUGCUGUGACUACUGCAGCAACGCCUUCUGUAAGAAGUGUAUUCUGCGCAACCUGGGCAGGAAAGAGCUAUCGGGCAUUACCGAUGAGAACUCAAAGUGGCAUUGCUAUGUGUGCCGACCAGAGCCCCUCCAGGAUCUUGUUUCCAAAUGCCAUCGCAUCAUGGAGAAACAAGAAUGCGCGGAACUCAAACAAAAAAAACCUGAUAAAACGGAGGUAUGUGAAAACAAGCGGGACAAGAGCAAAGCAGCCAAAGAGCACAAAGCAGUUGCCAAUGGAAAAGAACACAGUGAAGGCUCUGGGACCUUUACAUUUGCCUCCAAAAAACGCCAGGUACCCAAGGAACUUAUUAAGAAAACUAAAAAGCUUGUUGAGACUACAACUGGUCUGAACAAUACAUUCAUCCAGUUCAUCCAGCAGGCAGCUGGAGACCAGGGGGAUAAGACCAUCAGGUAUCGACAUUUGAAAGCCUUCAAGGCGGUGCUUUCUGAUUUGAAAAAAGCUCACAGUGCUUUGGAGGAGGCUUUGGAGCCUGAGUUCAGAAACAUGGAGUUGCAGAAUGGUAAUGAAGAGCAACCUGUUGAGAGAAAAAGCGUUAAUGUUGUGAAACCUGUAGAAAAUGAUCACAUGAAUACUUCUGCAGAUUUAUUGUGUGAGGCUGAUACAGUGCAGGAGUCAGAGAAGGAGCUGCAAAAUGAAGAUGAUUCAGUUUGUGAGACUGAAAAAAUGGACAAAGAGCUGCAAAAUGAAGACGAUUCAGUUUGUGAGACUGAAAAAAUGGACAAAGAGCUGCAAAAUGAAGAUUCUGUUGGUGAGUCUGAGAUGGCUGAAGAAGAGGACAAAGAGCUGCAAAAUGAAAAGGAUUCGGUUCGUGAGACUAAAAAUAAGGACAAAGAGCUGCAAAAUGAAAAGGAUUCGGCUUGUGAGACUAAAAAUAAGGACAAAGAGCUGCAAAAUGAAGAUGACUCAGUUGGUGAGUCUGAGAUGGCUGAAGAAGAGGACAAAGAGCUGCAAAAUGAAAUGGAUUCAGUUUGUGAGACCGAAAAAAUGACAACAGCGGACCAAGAGUUGCAAAAUGAAGACGGUUCUGGUAGUGAGUCUGAGACGACUGAAAAAGUGGACAAAGAGUUGGAAAAUGAGAGAGAUUCAGUUUGCAAAGCUAAAUCUACUGAAGAGGUGGACGAGAAGCAGCCUAACAAGGAGGACAUGGACAAUGAUGAAAUGCCCAGUAAGACUGCAAUGAUAGACCACCAAACAGAGACUGAAAUGACUAAAAAAAUAAUUAAAACUGAAGUCCCUGAUGAUCUGCCCGUGUCAACUGGUGAAAUGUCCUUAGAUCAUGACAUUAUGUCUGUGCCUCCUUCAGUUCCUGAGGAGCUUUUUCAGAUGGUUGAAAGUCUGGCAGAUUCGUCUAUGCUUUCACAAACGGACACCAACUCAGUUACAGAUGCUGACACAAAGUCAAACCAACCCCCAACAGAAUCUCAGCACCCCCAUCCCAAAGUUAAGAAUCUGAUAGUCAAACUGACUCCUGUACCAGUUGUAACAACAUGUGGGUCAAGGUUAUCUAGAUCUCAAAACAAAGAAAAAGUUGUAGAGCAGCAGAAAAAGGGUAAGGGAGAAUGUAAGGAUGAGAAAAAAUCUGUAAAUAAGACAGAAAGUCCACCUCCCAGCCGUCGCUCUAGUAGAGUUAAAACCACUCCUUUGAGAAAGCAGACAGAAAAUAGCAAGAAUGAGUCCUCUGAGUCAGAGUCAGAGGAAGACAAAAAGGACAAGGCCAAAUCCUCCAAAAAGUCCAGGAACACCAAAAAAGGGGACAAGAAAAAAACUAAGGCUUCAGACAAAACAGUUGAAGACUCUGACUCUGAUGAAGUUCCUCACGCGUUGCUGCAGAAAGCUGCAGAAGGCAACAGCACAGAUGAGGAACAGGAAAGCACAUCAGCCAAAAAGCGUUUAGUCAAACGCAAAAGGAAGUCUGAAAGCUCAGACUCGGAUGCGGAGACUAAAAACCAGAAGGCAUCCAAAAAGAAGAAGAAAAAUGAUAAACAGAACGAUUCAGACUCUUCUGACUCAGACUAUGAUCAGGAGAAAGAAACAAAGAGAAAAGUAAGUACGGAAAAGAGGAGAUCCAGCCGUGUGAAGAAACUAGAUGCCUCAAAAGAGGGGGGAAAAAGCUCACCAGAAAAAAACGCCAGCAGAAGACGAUCUUAUGAAAAGAAACGAAAGGGGAAGGGCAUGAAAGGAGAUUCCAAGCUGCAGUCCUCAAGUGAGGACGAGGAGGAGCAGCAGGCUGAAGAUGACUCAGGAGAAGACGGCGAUGAGCAAAAGAUCAAACACAUUGUGGAGGAAAAUGUAGUGGGAGGCAGCACAGCCUUCCAUCAGUCCUCAGGAGAUGAAGUGGACAAUAAAGAUAAUGCCAGUGGGGUCUUUGAAGAUGAUGAUGACGAUCCAGAAAAUAGGAUCGCUAAGAAAAUGCUUCUUGCCCAAAUAAAAUCCAGCUACUCUUCGGGAGCAGAGAGCUCCUCUGAUGAUGAAGAAGCAGAGAAGGAAGAGAAGCCCUCCAAAACAUCUAAAAAUAAAAAGCAGACAGAGGAGGAACAAGACGAAGAAGAAGCAGAAGACUCCGGUUCAGAUAUUGAAGUGAAGAAAAGUGGCAGACGCCACAAACUGCUUCGUCAUAAACUUUCUCUGAGUGAGGGGGAAUCAGGGGAGGAGAAUACUGACUCUAAAGAAAAGAAGCACAAGGGGGGCAAAAAGAAGUCUGGGAAGAAAGUAGACAGUGAUGACUUUGAAGACUCAGACUUUGAAAAGUCUCAGUCCAGGUCAGAGUCAGACAUGAGUGAGGAGGUUAGUGAAUCAGAUAAAGACAAUAAACGUCGAAAGACAAGAUCUUCUAAAAAGAAGGAUGAUGAGAAAAAGAGAAGUUACAAGCAGAAAAAGAAGCGACGCAGGAUCAAAGUCCAGGAUAGCUCCUCCAGCAAUGAAAAGAGUGGAGAGGAAGAUGAUGAUUCAGACGGAGAAGGACGUAAAGGCCGAAAGAAGAUCCGCAAAAUCUUGAAGGAUGACAAGUUGCGCACAGAAACGAGAGAUGCUCUGAAAGAAGAGGAAGAAAGGAGGAAACGUAUCGCUGAGAGAGAGGCUCUCAGGGAGAAACUCAGAGAGGUUAUUGUUGUGGAGGAGGCUUCCCAGGUGGUCUGUCCCAUCACAACCAAGCUGGUAUUAGAUGAGAAUGAAGAGACAAAGGAGCCGCUGGUCCAGGUCCACAAGAACCUUGUUACAAAGCUCAAACCUCACCAGGUUGAUGGGGUGCAAUUUAUGUGGGACUGCUGCUGUGAGUCUGUGAAAAAGAUUGAGAAGUCUCCUGGUUCUGGCUGCAUUUUGGCCCACUGUAUGGGUCUUGGAAAAACUUUGCAAGUGGUGACCUUGAUUCAUACGCUACUGCUUUGUGAGAAACUUGAUUUCACCACCGCACUGGUGGUUUGCCCCCUGAACACUGUCCUUAACUGGCUUAAUGAGUUUGAGAAGUGGCAAGAAGGACUGAAAAAUGAUGAGAGUUUAGAAGUGACUGAGCUGGCCACAGUGAAGAAGCCACAGGAGCGAGCAUACGCCCUGCAGACAUGGCACGAGUCGGGCGGUGUUAUGAUCAUUGGUUACGAGAUGUACAGAAACCUGACGCAGGGCAGGAACAUCAAGAGCAAGAAGCUCAAAGAGACCUUUCAGAAGACGCUUGUAGAUCCAGGUCCAGACUUGGUGAUCUGUGAUGAAGGACAUAUCUUGAAGAAUGAGGCAUCUGCUGUGUCCAGAGCAAUGAACUCCAUCAGGACAAAGAGGAGGAUUGUGCUAACUGGAACACCGCUACAAAACAACCUUAUUGAAUACCACUGCAUGGUGAAUUUUAUCAAGGAAAACCUGCUUGGGUCAGUUAAGGAGUUUAGGAAUCGCUUCAUUAACCCCAUUCAGAACGGCCAGUGCGCUGACUCCACUCUACAAGAUGUCCGGAUUAUGAAGAAGAGGGCUCACAUUCUCUAUGAGAUGCUGGCUGGCUGUGUCCAGAGGAAAGAUUACUCAGCACUCACCAAGUUUCUGCCUCCCAAACAUGAGUAUGUGUUGUCUGUCCGGGUGACUCCACUCCAGUGUAAACUUUACAGACACUACCUGGAGCAUUUCACAGGUGUGGGGAAUGCUUUGGAAGGGGGCCGAGGUCGUGCAGGAACCAAACUCUUCCAGGAUUUCCAGAUGCUCAGCAGAAUCUGGACCCAUCCCUGGUGCCUUCAGCUGGACUACAUCAGUAAAGAAAACAGGGGUUUCUUUGACGAAGACAGUAUGGAUGACUUCAUCGCUUCAGAAACGGAAGAAUCCUCAAUGAGUCUGACAUCUGACGAUGAGAAGUCAAAAAAGAAAAAGAAGCAAGGGAAAGGGAAAAAGAAGGACUCGGAUGACUCGGACAGUGAUGAUGUGGAAGUUAUUAAGGAGUGGAACAGCAGCUCUCGUGGCAAGAACGGAGAAGGUCGAAACAGAGCAGAGCCUGUGGAAGAACCUCGGGCCACUAGCUCUGCACCAGGGAGUCCUUGCUCUGCAGACUGGCAUAAGGAGUUUGUCACUGAGGCUGACGCUGAGAUCCUGGACCACUCUGGGAAGAUGAUACUCCUCUUUGAGAUCCUGCGCAUGGCCGAGGAAGUAGAAGAGAAAGUGUUGGUGUUCAGUCAGUCUCUCAUUUCUCUUGACCUGAUCGAGGAUUUCUUGGAGCUUUCUUGUAGAGCAAAAGAUGAAGAGAAAGUCUCUCCAUACAAAGGUGAAGGCAAGUGGUUCAGGAACAUUGAUUAUUAUCGCCUGGAUGGCUCCACCAACGCUACCAACAGGAAGAAGUGGGCGGAGGACUUUAACGACACCAGCAACAUAAGAGGUCGUUUGUUUCUCAUAUCAACACGAGCGGGUUCACUUGGCAUCAAUUUGGUAGCAGCCAACAGGGUCAUCAUCUUCGAUGCCUCCUGGAACCCUUCAUACGACAUCCAGAGUAUCUUCAGAGUGUACCGCUUUGGUCAGGUCAAACCUGUCUAUGUGUACAGGUUCCUCGCCCAGGGUACAAUGGAGGAGAAGAUUUAUGAACGGCAGGUCACCAAGCAGUCUCUGUCAUACCGUGUUGUGGACCAGCAGCAGAUUGAGAGGCACUUUACAAUGAACGAGCUGGCUGAACUCUACACCUUUGAGCCAGACCAGCUGGAUGAUCCCUCAGAAAAGAAGAGCAAGAGAGCCACACCCAUGCUUCCAAAGGAUCCUUUCUUAGCAGAGAUGCUGCAGAACAGUAAGGACCAGAUUGUGUGUUACCAUGAACACGACUCCCUGCUGGACCACAAAGAGGAGGAAGCCCUUAGUGAGGAGGACCGUAAGGCUGCGUGGGCCGAGUAUGAAGCAGAGAAAAAGGGUCUGUCCAUGAGGACCAACUACCCAUCGGGAUAUGCUCAAAUGGACAUGGGCACCUCCAGCUACGUCUCGUACAACAUGGCAGCUCUGGCCUCCAUGACCAACCAGCAGCUGGAGGACCUCAUAAACCAGGGACGCCAGAAAGUCAUUGAAGCAACAAAUGCUUUGAAAACUUUACCUCGGGAGUCACUAGAAGAUAUAAUUGCCACUGUGUGGAAGGAGAACCCGGCGCUCACAGAGACCCAGGUCCAGUCUUUAGCCGCUGGACGCCAAGCCGCCGUAGAGAUGGAGCUGAAACGCAGAGAAGCCAUCUACAGGGAAGUUCUCACCAGGCAGCAGACGCUAAUGAUGUACGUGCAGAAGCUGAUCACGAACAGGAAGGUGCAGGAGCAGCAGAUGGCCCUCGCUAACCAGGCCACAUACCUGAACCAGCUAGCCCUGCAGAAUGGUAUGAUGGGAGGUGGCGGGCUCAGCCAGAUGGACCUGAUUGGCCUAUACCAGCAGCUCCACGGCAUGGGCACACAUCAAGGCAUGGGCAAGAAUCCUGGCCCCUCGAAGGGCCUGCCUGAGUGACUGAGUCUCACAACGUACAGCCACUCCAGCUGGGUGUCACAAGGCCCAAACCUUUUUACUCCAUACCUGUCCUUGAAAGUUUGAAAUAUCAGUUUCAAGAUGGAGUUGACAGGAGGAGUAAAAGACUGGAAUUGUUAUUAUACGUGGCUGAUUUUUGUCCGGUGCUUUGUGAGUAAUGCUCUCCUGGACAGUGUAGUCUCACCAGGCAGGCCCCCAGACUACUUGUAUUCUACUUUGGCACAUUCUCGCUUCUAAAUGCUUAAACUGGUGUAGCUGUUAAAAUGAGAGGAAUAUGGACAUUUCUCACAAAGAGCCGCCUGUUGACUCCUGUGUUUGCACAAGGUGUAUUUCAUAAAUGUAGAGAAAGUUUCUUUGCCCUUCUUUAAGAAUGUUCUUACAUUAGUAAAUACACCAACAUGUUUUGCCAUGACUAUGACCUGCUACUAUCUUGAUAAGUAUUUAAUAUAACAUUUAAUAAAGUGACCAAAAGAAUGA